CCGAGAGAUGAUGUUCACCACAAACCCUGCUGCUGAUCCAAAUCUUUCUGGGUGAGAAUUUCCAAGUCUUAAACAAACUCUUAGAAAACUCCCCAAAAAAAGAUAAAUGAUUCUUUUUGGAGAUUCAAAAAGAGAGUUCAAUUUGACCUGUGGAUUGACCUGAGGCUCAGACACCCCUGUGGCUGACUUGGACAGGCUGGAAAUCAUCUUUCACUCUUUUUUAUGUACUUAAAUUCUAAAGCAAAAACUUUGAAGUAGUUCAAGAGGUAGUCUCCAAACCCACCUGAACUAGGUAAGUUAACCAUUUCAACAUGAAGAGAAUUUGUUGAGAAUUUGAGAGACAGUGUGAAUCUGUCCACUGGACACUAUGAUCAUCUUCCACACUAUCCUCCUUCUGGUACUUGGCAUCAACUCUGCUCAGGCACUUUACUACAGAGCAUUGUGGCAGUUCAGACACAUGAUUAUCUGCACCAUACCUACUAGCUGGCCAUUUCUGGAAUACGGAAACUAUGGUUGCUACUGUGGCUGGGGCGGCUCAGGCACUCCUGUUGAUGACUUAGACAGAUGCUGUCAGGUUCAUGAUAACUGUUAUGGUGAAGCAUUGAAGCAUAAGGCAUGCUGGACCAUCUUUGACAAUCCUUACACAGAGAUCUACGCCUAUGAUUGUAACAAAGCCACUAAGAAAAUCACCUGCAAGAAAAACAACACAGUUUGUGAGACAAUCAUUUGUGAGUGUGACCAGAAGGCUGCUGAGUGCUUUGCUGCAUCUAUAUACAAUAAGAAAUAUAAAAGACUGCCCAAGAGUCACUGCAAAAAGAAAUAAGAUAUUUCCAGAAAUAAAUUUGAAGUGCAUGCAGUGAACACUCCACAUCAAAAUUAUCAGCACCUCUGUUGCUUGAAGAUCAGCUUGUACUGAAUACACUGAUUUUAGAAUGAUCUGUACCUCAGAUUGCAUCUUAACCCUGUAUACAACUAAAAAAAGCUCUUUCAAAAACAGUAUGUUGUUCCAUAUUACAGCAUUUUAAUAAAGCUGUUCCUAAAACCUGCAUGUUUAUCUUCAUAAUUGGAGUGUCAACAUUUAAUUUUCCAACUUACUUGGAAUUGUGUCCUAUAGAUUUUAGCCCAAUGACCAAUUCUUUAGAAGAAACCCA